AUGUCGCAACCCUACCCAGCGCCACGCCUCACGCCACAAUUCUGCUUCAACCAGACCGCACUGCGAGACUUUCUGCGCAUAUCACGCUCCACAAUAGACGAUUCGAUAACCCAGAACCUCAACGCCUUACUUACGCCCGCACAGCGCGGCUUCGAUCCCUCCUCAACAUCUACACGCCAGCUCAGCGGCUCCGCGCGCUCAAUACCCCCAGCGCAAUGUGAUGAAUUCAAGCAGCGCGUGCUAUUCCCGAGUUGGAGCGUACGGUCCGAUGUGCUAGACUACUGCGCAGGCGUAGCCACCUCCCCAGACCCCGACGACCCAGACAGCGUGCUGCGGCAGAUUGAGGAUAGCAAGGCGAGGGAGAGGGUGGUGGAUGAGAGGCUAGAUCCGUAUUCGGGAAGGUACUUUCCGAGAGAGGCGAGGACGGAGAGUCUGGCUAUGCUGAUGCGGAAUGAGAGGGCUGUGGAGAAGAUUAUUCGGAUGCGGACGUGGGGGCUGAUUGCGGAGAGGUGUGGGAGUGAGCAUGUUGAGGCGGAUCAAGCGUUUGACGAGUGGAGGAAGAGGCAGUGAAGAUGACGGCCAGGGAAAAGGACUGGAAGUGGCUGCGAGGUAGAUGCAUGAAUGUUCAUGACCUGUUCUUGGGCGUGUGCAUGCUGACGUUGCGGGAGCGUAGCAUAUGGCCU